AUAGUCAUUUAGUUGCGGUGACCCCAGUCGGAACCUCCGCUACACGGAGGACGACGAGACCGCUCCAACUCGUUCCGAAUCAGAGCUGUGAUCGCGAAAAAUGUCGUCCCACAAUUAUUUGCGGUGGUUCCAGACAAUGAAUGUGAAUUUCAUCGCAGUGACUCACGGAAUGGCUUGCGCGAUGUACGGAGCCACCCUCGUCGACGUUGCCGCGAUCUACGGAGAAAGCAUAGAAGCGACAUCGAGAACUCUCACGGCUCGGGGUCUCGGUACAAUUUUCUCCAGCUUGAUUGGUGCUUUAGUUUAUAAACAUGUGAAUAUUCAAAUCAUGUUGUUGGGUACUGCGGUUUUCGGGAUGACAGCUGCCGUCCUUACAACGAUUCUCCCAUCGCUCAUUUAUCUCCACGUGCUGACUUUCUUCGUCGGCUGCUCCAUGGGCUUCAUGGAUAUCGGUGUACAUGUCUGGCUCCAGGUCCUCUGGAAAGAACGGAGCGGGUCAUUUUUCCACUUCAUGAACUUCAUGUUCGGAGUCGGCGGCAUCAUAGGGCCCUUCGUGUGCGAGCCGUUUCUACUGGAAACUCGGAAUGCCGCGAUGGCAACCGAAAACUCAACGAUGCUCGGUGUGAACACGACAGUCGAAUCAUCUUUCGGAGACACAACACCGGUCGUAAAACAUGGCAUCCUCACUGUUGGAGGCGAAUCACGGAUAUUUACGGCUUAUUCUAUCAUUGCUGCCAUCAACGCUUUCAUCGCUAUAUCGAUGAUCGUUUCCUAUUGCAUGGAUAGCACGGAUUUCAAACCGAACAAGAAUGCGACGUAUUUCUCCGAGAAUCUUGGCCGAACCGAACGACGCACAGUCCUCACGCUGCUGGCACUGUACUUGACAGUGGGUGUUACCUGCGAAAUUAGCUUCUCUGCGAUGGUAUACACGUUCGCCGUGAACCAUUCAUCGCUCAACUUCUCGAAAUCUCAAGCCGCGUAUUUGACAUCUCUCUACUGGGCGAGCUAUACGAUAAGUCGAGUCUUCACGACGAUUUUAUCUUUGACGCUAAGUCCAGCCCAGCUGAUAGUUGGAUCCCAUUUUAUAUACUUGAGUAGCGCUCUAUCGAUGAUGCUCUUCAUAAAUUCUUCGCCGAUGUUGAGUAGUUGGUUGGGGACGGCCCUCGUGGCAUUCGGAUUAUCUCCCUACUGGGCUAACGCCACGGCGUGGAGCGUGCAGUACGUGCAGCUCACGCCGGCUGCUUUGGGACCGAUCCUCGUGGUGAUUUCGAGCGGCGUUAUGUUGAUUCCUUUCUUCAUAGGCAACCAAAUAGAUAAGAACCCCCAAUUUUUCCUUUAUUCCAACACCGCAUUGGCUUUGCUCCUCACUGCUCUCGCGGCGACUCUCAUCAUCUACGGCAACACCAAGGCACUCGUGAGGCACAAAACUGGGAAGGAAGCCGAAAGGCUGAACGCUCACUGA